GCUGAUUCGCGCGUAAAGAAAUGCUGUUGUUGAAUUUUGGUCGCUGGUUGACCAACAUUUUUUGUUAUUAUUAAACAAAUUAUUCUAAUUUAAUUAUCAGACUCGAUGGCUACAUUUACCAAGUGUCGAGUGUGCACCUGUGUAUUGGAUGCAACCGUCGGCAGUUACAACAUGCUGCAAUUGCCGUUGGUGGCUCACAAAUUUCUUUCCUGCACAAAUUUAACCAUUUCGGAGGAAGAGCGUCUGCCAAGCGAGCUCUGCCAGGUGUGCUAUGAUCAACUGGAGCAACUUUAUGCCUUUCGGGCAAAGUGCAUUGCGGCCGAUACAAAGUGGCGCAUGCUAAACUUGGCAAAUCUUCAGGGUAAUAAAGUCGCUUGGGAUUCCGAGGCAGCUAAAGUUGUGGAGUUGGAUAAAAAGCAGAGAAAUAUACAAAACAAAAGAACCAAAUGUGAUAGACAGCAAGCGGCAGUCUUAGAAAUUGAGCGGGUUGAGGCAGAUGAGGAAGAUGAGGAGGAUUUGGAUGGGGAACAGGAUCAGGUAAGCUUCAAGGAAACACCUGUAUUUACAUAUUUACAUAAAUAUACUUAUUUGCAGCAUCAAGAUGAAGAGGAUCAAGAACAGGAUUCAAUAGGCAUCUACAAAUGUGAUAAUUGCGGCGCCCAGUUUCUGGAUGAGCAGCGUCUCUUGACCCACAAACGCAGACAUGGACAGAUGCCAUAUCCCUGCACGGAACCAGGCUGUGAUCGUGGCUAUAGCCACAAGCAUACAUUAACCCUACACAUGCGCAAGUGCCACAAAUUGGGCAAGGAGCACAAGUCGCAUAUUUGCGAAUACUGUGGCAAGGUAUUCGAUACCAUGUCUCAGCUGAGGAGUCAUCGUUAUACGCACAAGGACAAAUCGGAGCUGCCUUAUGCCUGCGAGGAGGCUGAGUGUGGCAGGCGCUUCUCCAGUAAGCAGCUGCUCAAGGUGCAUAUGAUGCGACAUGCCGGGAUAAAGAAUUAUAGAUGCAGCUAUUGUGGAGUGCAGAAGACAACGCGAACUGAGCUAAAGAUUCAUCUGAAUUAUCACACACUGGAGCGCACUUACAGCUGUCGCUUCUGCUCCAAGGUGUGCUAUAGUUCCAGCAAUCUGAACAAGCACAUGCGCACCAUACACGAGCGGGCGAGAAACUACGCCUGUUCCUACUGCGAACGCUCCUUCACCCAACUGGCCAUCUGCAAGCAGCAUGAGCUCAUCCACACCGGCGAGAAGCCUCAUGAAUGCGAGGAAUGUGGCAGACACUUCAGACAAAAGGCGGCACUACGCACACAUUACAAGGUUCACAGACGUCAAAGGGAUUUGGAUGAAUCCUUUGAAUCUGUUGUAAUUGAAUCAGUUGCUGAUGAGGAUAUCUGCAAUGUGGCAGAAGAGCUGGAAGCGAUUGACUACGAAUAACUAGAAAAUUUAUUAUAACAAGUUCUGUGGUUUCGACUAAUUUUUAUUGUUUUGUAUUUUUAUUUUAAUUGUAUAGUUUUAGUUAGUUUACUUUCAAUCUGUAUAUAGAACUCCACCGUCUUAAGGACUAUUCUCAUGUUCUUUUUCAACCAGAUAGUCAUAGCAUUGUUUAAUAAGAAUAGGCAAUACAAAAAUAGGUGUCCUUUCAGAAACGAAAUUUAAAAAACCAUUUUGUAUAAUGUAUUUUGUAUGAAUUACUCGAAAGUCCUUUAGAGGAUGAUGUUGAAACUAAUAUAAAUUAAUAGAGUUCGUCCUGCCAAACUUAGCAAACUAUAUACUGAUGAUUUGCGCAAGGAUAUGGCAAACUUAUACGUAAUUUUCGAAAAAGGACAUUCUGUUUAAUAGCUCUUAUUCCUCUGCAUCCUUUAAAAUUUCACAAGGAUAACUUUUUUUGUACUCACAGGGGGCAGGACUAUCGAACUGCAUUCAAGGAUUUUGAGCAUCCUUCAAAAAAAUUGUCUUCAAAUUUUUACAGGGUUAGGUAUAGAAAACUUGGCAUAAAAACAGAAAAACUCCUGUAGCUCCGUCAUUUGAUCUGGUUGAAUCUGUUGUCUGUGGAAGCCUUUUAGUCAGGGCUAUCGGUGGACCAAA